AUGCGGGCUCAACGAUCAUUCCAACUAUAUUCCAUCAUCUUACUUUGCUGCUUUUUCACAUUUGUAGCUGCAUGGCCUUGGCCAAGAUGGCUACCAGAAAUGGAUUCUUUAAUUGCAGCACGAGCGGACGACAGUUCUUCGAGCUCUUCUGCUGCUGACACUGCAUCUGCCACUGCCACUACAGCACCAAAGUCUACAGAAACCGCAUCAGCAACGGGCUCGGAUUCAAACAAUUCUCAGUCAGCAACGAAAACAAGCUCGGGCACAAAUAAAGCUACCACUUCUGGAGCGAAAACGACAUCAGGUUCUUCAGAAUCGGGAUCAUCUAACUCCACAAGCAGCCAUAAAAGUAGCGGUUUGACUUCCUACAAUGCAACUUAUGCAGUAGGGGGAAUCUCAAUGUUAACUCCCUCCGCUGCUUCUACCGCAUACUUCAAAAUUGGUGACUAUGUUACCUUCGCCUGGAAUUUUACAUCUCUCCAAGCCACUCCCACCGCCGUCAACAUUAUGGCCACUUGUAAAGCCAACGCCCAGUUGUACACGAUCGCCACGAACCAGACCGUUUCGAAUUCCACACAAGCAGUUACUUGGGAUACUGGUGCCUAUCAAGCGACUGCUGUUGGAAACCCUCUUCUCACAGAAACUUACACUUUGAUCAUCUACGACGCAGCGAGCAGUAUUAGCGCGACUGCUGCACCGGGGUACUUGUCUGUAUUCAAUACAUAUUCCUUUGGCAUGUACGCACCACAACCAUAUACUCCGCUCAGCGAUUGGGUAUGUGCUACUUGCAGUGGUGCAUUAUCUGACAUGGAGAGGAGCGCAUUGAAGUUGAUGUUUGGUAUGGGUAUCGUUACUGUGCUCAGCUUUACCUGGUUCGUGACUGGAUUGGGUGUUAUUUUGUAA